CAGGAGACCUCUAGGCGGACAAUUUUCUUGUGGUAAUGACAUCGCAAAACAUAACAUUUUAGUCUGAGUCUCUUCUGUACACUCGGCACUUCAGACAUAUAAUCUACAAGAAAUUUUAAAAACAACAAGAAAACUAUUUGUAGUUGAGAAAGACGCCUAAGGCGGAGACGUAACCCAUCGAGUUAUGUGGCAUUAUUUAACACGUUCAGGUCUUAGCAUAUACGAAUAUUAUAUUGUUUCUAUUCACAAGUAAACUGGUAGUCUGUGAAGACCAAGCCCAGCCAGCCGAAGCUGUCAGCAGUGCUACUCCCUUCUGAGUCAUGCAUUGAAGCAAAACAAAUCUGAUCGUAGCAGCAAAGCUAACAAGACGUCGAACACGCAAGUGCCCGUUCAUUUGUUCUUCCUUCUAGGAUUCCUUUAAUACCCAUCUACCUCUGAUUUUUCACUACAUUGCCACCCAUCUCUCGUUGCCUGAAGCCAUGGCUGCUAACAGGAAUGCUUUGACCCUUCACAAAGUAAUAAUGGUGGGCAGCGGUGGUGUGGGCAAGUCAGCACUAACUCUGCAAUUCAUGUAUGAUGAGUUUGUGGAAGACUAUGAGCCCACCAAAGCUGACAGCUACAGAAAAAAGGUGGUUCUGGAUGGAGAGGAGGUUCAGAUUGACAUCCUCGACACAGCGGGACAGGAGGACUACGCUGCCAUUCGGGACAAUUACUUCCGCAGUGGAGAGGGAUUUCUCUGCGUGUUUUCCAUCACAGAAUCUGAAUCCUUUGCUGCUACUGCUGAUUUCAGAGAACAGAUCCUUCGUGUAAAAGAGGAGGAGAACGUACCUUUCCUGCUGGUGGGAAAUAAGUCAGACUUGGAGGACCGACGGCAAGUCGGGGUGGAGGAGGCCAAGGCCAGAGCAGAUCAGUGGGCAGUCAGCUACGUCGAGACUUCUGCCAAAACCCGUGCCAAUGUAGAUAAGGUGUUUUUUGAUCUCAUGCGUGAAAUCAGAGCCAGAAAAAUGGAAGAUGACAAAGAGAAAAAUGGAAAAAAGAAGAGGAAAAGUUUGGCAAAGAGAAUUCGCGAAAGAUGUUGCAUUUUAUAACGACUGGGUCGUACUAUAACACUAACGUCUUUUCUCUACCCUUCCACUGCUUCCAAAAAAAAUCCAUCAGGUUUCAUCACUCUCCAGGCAAAAAUCCUGGAGAUUAUCUCUUUAAAACACAUCUAGGUUACA